CGUGAGACUGAGGCGAACGACAACCACCACGACCACGCCAACACAAGAUGACAACAGCGCACCGCCCCACAUGGACACCCGCCCAGGGUGGCAAGGGCAAGUACGACUCCAGCCUCGGCCUAAUCUCCCAGCAGACAUCUGUUCGCGAUGCACCGGCACACACCAAGCUCAAAUUCAGGCACGAUGUUGAGACCAAGGACGAGGAGGAGAUGAAGCGCGAGCUUGAGCAGCGCGAGGCCAAGCACUUUGACGACAUUCGCAAGGAAGAGGAGAAGCGGGCGGGCAUCACCGCCAUCACGGGCGCGGCGGACGAGGCAAAGACAUCGAGGCCGUCAAAGCUGCUGGCCAUCACCACGGACGAGGCAGACGAAGACCUGCCCGAGGAUGACGAGAGUGCGGACGAGAGCGACAGCGACAGUGAUAGCGACGAUGAUGACGAUGACACGGCGCAGCUUCUUGCUGAGCUGGAGAAGAUCAAGAAGGAGCGCGCAGCGGAGCAAGCACGCAAGGAGGAGCUGAAGGCUGAGGAGGAGUCUCGGGUGCGGCUUGCGAGCAUCGUCAAAGGCAACCCCCUCCUCAACGACGGGCAGUCCGGCGACUUCACCGUCAAGCGCAGGUGGGAUGAGGACACCGUCUUCAAGAACUGCGCACGAGGCGAGAAGCAAAGCAAGAAGCCGCGCUACAUCAACGACACUCUUCGCUCCGAGUCGCACAUGAAGUUUAUGGAGCGGUACAUCAAGUGAUGAUGCGUUGACUUGGUGUGCUGUGUGUUUGUCAUGUUGUUGUGCAUGUGCAUGUGCGUGUGUGUGUCAAUGUGCAUGCUUAUCCUUGUGAAUUGUUCCUCAGUGCGUGGUCCCUCCCCCUGUCUUGAUUCAUGUGCUGUAGCUGUCACGUGUCUCCUUAUUCCCUCUUCAUUUCUCGACGUGUUGUGGUGCCUGGCGAUCGGUCUAUUCACCAAAACCAAAACAAACAAUACACGACCUGGUUGACA